AUGGCAGAAGCGACGGACCCCAAUCGUGGAGACUCAGCCAAUCCGCCGAUCGAAUCGAAUGCGCCCGCAGCAGAGACGAGCCAACCCACCGCUCAAGCCGGUGGCCAGUCCCUCGAAGGGAAACCGGCACCCCCAGCGGACUCGGAUCCCCAGCCAGCUCCGAUGGGCGAGUCGCAAGUGGAAGUCGGCCAGUCGGAUGUGAACACAGCCCAGCAAACGGACGUCGGCACCUCGAAUGAAGCAACAAGCCAUACAGCAUCCACCCCUGUCCCAAUCCCAAUGCAGAAUGUGACGGCUUCUGUGGAAUCUACUCUACCAGCAAUGGACCCAACGAUCCCAACUCUGGAAACCCACAAUGCCUUUGAUGACCCGGGACUGCACUCUUUUGAUUCAGCGCUUCCUUCGAUUGGCUCCUCCGCCGCUCCAGAUCUAUCGCUACCGGCUAUCGACACAACUCUGCCUUCACUCGACGCCUCGCUUCCAGCAAUUGGCACUGACAUUCCAACCAUGGAUGAUGACCACACGUUUGACGAUAGCAAUUUUGACCACCACGAGCAUUCGACCGAUCCUCCAACGGGCCAUGGCCACAAUAUGACCCAGCAGCCGGGGUCUGUCAAUGGCUCGAAUCACUACCAGGCGCCGUCCAACGGCAACUACCAUUAUUCGCAAAGUCCAGGGCCGCAGCAGCACUACGAUGGGCAGCAACCGCCUCAGGGGCCGACUCAGCACCAGUUCCAAUCGCAACCGCCGCAGAAUUAUCAGCAACAACAAAGUACAGAGAUGUAUCAUAACCAUGGCGGAUUUUCCUCGGUAAACCCAAAUUCUGGCAACAGCGGACAGGGACAGCACGGCCAAGUCCCACAGGUAUCCAUUGGCUCUCCGAUGCCAUCCAACAUGCCUCCGAUGGCGUCUAUGGGGCAGUACAUGACCGGUUAUCCCUCCAAUGUGCCGCAGCCUGGCAUGAAUUCGAACCAGAUGGGCUAUUCAAUGCCCGGGGACCCUAAUAAGAUCUUGUCUGGUGGCAGACAUAAGAAGGAGGUUAAGCGACGCACGAAAACCGGUUGCUUGACUUGUCGCAAGCGCAGAAUUAAGUGCGACGAAGGGCAUCCAGUCUGCAGAAAUUGCGUGAAGAGCAAGCGUGAGUGCCUCGGUUACGAUCCGGUGUUCAGGCCUCAAGCGUCCACUCCCUCGGCCAUCCAGCCAGCUCCAAACCCUCCUCCGUCACUGGUCGUCAAUCCUCAGGGCCCUCCUGCUCCCUCGACACCUUCAUAUCCUUCGGCGCCUCCUGGGUACAUGCCAGCAUCUUCGCAGCCAUUUGCGCCAUCUCUUCACUCGGAAUCACCUAGCACCUCGACCGACCAGCCCGACCACGGAGCUUCCAUUGACUCUUCACUUCCACCGAGCAAUCCACCCAACCCACCAAAUAUGCAAAAUUCUAAUGAUCAUGGGCCUCAGGGCUCAGAGCCUACAUACAAAGCGAAAAAUCUCCAUGUCAAUGAUUUGAUGUCUCUGAGGGGCAUUGCACCCCCUCCGCCUCACCCGAUUGGAUCACUUCCUCCUGGCCGACUCGAAGAAAUCCAGGCCGUGUUCCUGGCAACAUACGCCCCCGCGAUUGAUAAGCUUUUGGAAGUUCGGUGGUAUUCAGAGAAAGCGCUUCCGGUCCUCAUGGCCGAUGCACAGCUCAUGGCAGAUUACUCGGCAUUGAUCAACGCAUUCAAUGACUGGAACCUAAGCGAUGGAAACACCAUUGCUCGCCUGGAAAGUUUUGAAGCUUCGAUCAUCUGGAGAAGCAUGGUACUAUGCCGCCAGGUAUCAGCGUCAGAGAACGCACAAUAUGGCCAGGACUGGAAUUUGGUGGCUACCACUGCUCGUCUAAAUGCAGUCGAGGCUCUCCUGAGCUGGAGCCACCUGUAUCAGAACUCCUUGUCUAGGCCGCAAUCAAUGGAAGCCGCCAACCCACCCAACCCGCCAGAUCAGUUCAUGCAACGACAACUGGACUUCUGGAGUGAGAUCGGCGAAUUUCUCACUCUUCACGAUAAUGAAGCUAGCUCGGCUAAGCAAAUUGACGAUACCCUCGGACGCUGCCGUCAAUUGCUGGACACUUACGAAAAUCGCGACAUUAUCUACUCUAUCGCUAUUGCACGACAUCUUGGCCAACGAUGGGCUGACUUCCCUAAUAAUCUGCCCAAGGUUGGCUAUACAAGCGAGAAGGAGUCAGGUACUAAGCUCUUCGUGGCACAAAAGUUCAUCGAAGAGGAAGCCGAAGGCAAGGGUACCACACAGAUCUACAAACGAAUCUGCUGUAUGGCAGUUCGAUCCUGGUGGGUUGCCCGUGAAUGA